CACGAUAGAGUAGUUGGUGAAUGCAGGCGAGGUCCCUGGCAGCUCUUCCAUCUCCUGUGAAUCCUUGGGGAUGCUUUUCUCAGCCGAGCCCCCUCUCCUCCCUGCAGCCAGACCGCAGACCUGCCCCGCUCCCCUGCAGCUGCCCCGGGAAGCUGGAGUGCGUGGUGCCGGUCACGCACGCCCGUGUCUUUGCCCUCCCGCCUGAAACCGUGGCGAGAGAGAAGCGGCAACGCCAUGCCCAAGAAAUACACCCUCAAGCAGAGCUCGCCCAGCUGCGAAUUGACCAACGUGGCCAAUCUAAACCUGUUUCCAGGCCACGGGAAGGGUUCCACCAUGGGGAACUCCGACACGGACCAGAAGGCAUCCUACGAAGAUGCCUCUGGGGAGCACGGGGAGGUCGUCAGCACGAUUUCCAGCAGCAUGAACCCACUGCAGCCACCGGACGCCUCCUCGGAGGAGCCUUUCACCACCUACUUUGAUAACAAGAUCCCAAUUCCCGAAGAUGAAACGCACUCGUGCUUUAGUUUCCGCAAGCUCUGGGCUUUCACGGGGCCGGGCUUUCUGAUGAGCAUCGCCUACCUGGAUCCGGGCAACAUCGAGUCAGAUUUACAGUCUGGGGCUGUCGCAGGAUUUAAGCUGCUCUGGGUCCUGAUGCUGGCGACGAUCAUCGGGCUGCUCCUGCAGCGCCUGGCCGCGAGGCUGGGGGUGGUGACGGGGCUGCACCUCGCCGAAGUGUGCAACCGGCAGUACCAGAAGGUUCCUCGGAUUAUCCUGUGGCUGAUGGUCGAGCUCGCUAUCAUUGGAUCCGAUAUGCAAGAAGUCAUUGGCUCGGCGAUUGCUAUUAACCUCCUCUCCGUGGGGAAGAUCCCGCUGUGGGGUGGCGUGCUCAUCACCAUUGCUGACACAUUCGUGUUUCUCUUCCUCGACAAAUAUGGCUUGCGAAAACUGGAAGCGUUCUUUGGUUUUCUGAUUACCAUCAUGGCUCUAACGUUUGGAUACGAGUAUAUCACAGUAAAACCCAACCAGCAGAAGCUGCUAGAAGGGCUCUUCAUCCCGUACUGCCAGAACUGCGGCACAGCCCAGCUGGAGCAAGCCGUGGGAAUCGUGGGCGCUGUUAUCAUGCCGCACAACAUGUACCUGCACUCCGCCUUGGUCAAGUCCCGGCAAGUGAACCGUGCAAACAAGAGGGAAGUACGAGAAGCUAAUAAGUAUUUCUUCAUCGAGUCCUGCAUCGCUCUCUUUGUCUCCUUCAUCAUUAACAUCUUUGUUGUCACCGUCUUCGCCGAGGCUUUCUUUGAAAAGACGAACGCGGAUGUGAGCAAUGUCUGCAGGAACACCAGCAGCCCGCACUCCUCGCUCUUCCCAAACAACAACCAGACGCUGGAAGUGGAUAUCUACAAAGGGGGCGUCGUUCUGGGGUGUUACUUCGGCCCUGCUGCUCUCUAUAUCUGGGCAAUCGGGAUCCUCGCCGCUGGCCAGAGCUCAACGAUGACAGGGACGUACUCUGGGCAGUUCGUCAUGGAGGGUUUCCUGAACCUGCGGUGGUCCCGUUUUGCCCGGGUGCUGCUGACCCGCUCUAUCGCCAUCACCCCCACCCUCUUCGUCGCCAUCUUUCAGGACGUCGAACACCUGACUGGCAUGAACGACUUCUUAAAUGUUCUUAUGAGCCUCCAGCUUCCGUUCGCUUUGAUCCCUGUCCUGACAUUCACCAGCCUGCCCAGUGUCAUGAAUGAUUUUGCCAACGGAUUGUUCUGGAAGAUCGGCGGUGGUGCGCUGAUCCUCCUGAUCUGCAGCAUUAACAUGUACUUCGUGGUGGCCUACGUCAUGUCCCUGAACCACAUGGCGUUGUACGUCGGGGCUGCGAUUCUCAGCGUGAUCUACCUGUCCUUUGUGGCGUAUUUGAGCUGGCUGUGUCUGAUCGCUCUGGGAGUCUCCUUCCUGGCCUGCGGGAGAACGCGCCACCUGGGAUUCGCCGCUCACCCUGAACUCUUCCUCCUCAACAACGUUGACGCAGACGCGCCCGUCACCAGAUGACCCCGGCCGCCGCCAUCGUAAGGACAGACCCGGUUUUAACGGAAACCCUUCUCGUGCCGCAGAGCACUCCCCUCCAUCGCUCGAGCUUAGCCCAGGACCUGGCACAGGGCUGGGGGCUGCGAGCGGAGCCCGGGGUUUCUCCCGGUGGGAUCAGUCCCUCCCGGGAGUGGCGAGAAAAGCGGCGGAGCCAGAGCCGGGGAAAGAUCCCGGCUCCAAACCACGGCACCGCCGAUCUCGGGGCCUUGCUUUUAGGUACCCCAAAAGUUUUCCCCACCCUUUUUUUUUUAUUUCCCAAAAUCGUUGAUCUGAUCCGGGAAAGGAUUUGUCGCUAUUUUCCCGAUCCUGAUUCAAAUUUCUCCUGCCUGGCCGGCAGAUCUGGCAUGACGCUAAAGCCGUCAUUUUUUUUCCUAAUUUGGGGAAAAUUCCAGGCUUGGAAAAGCGAGCGGGGGCAGAGUUGUGUUAGUCACGGUUUUAUAGCGGGGGAGCUGCUCCAAUUCGGACUGUGGGGAACGGCAGUGAGGCGCCACUGAGAACCCCGGGAUUCGCGGCCAGCGGGGCGACCCCCCGUCCCUCUCCGUGCCCACCGGGUAAUUACGGCUGGUUUUGCCGUAAAGCCUGGCCACGUCUGACCUCCUCAGCGGGCAGAUCUCCCCCGCGAGAUGGCAGCUGCUUCCCCUUCCCACGGGCGUUUUUCCCAGCCCGGAGCCGAGCCAGGGCCGGUAUCCACCUCUGCGCCGGCAGCAGCCCAGAUGCCGUUUCCAGAAUUUCACUUAAAAAGCCGAAUUUGCCCGCUGGGCUCUGUCCGGUGCUGGGCAGCGUUUCCCCACGUGGGAUGGAGCCGUUUUCCCGGCAUUUCAAGACGUUUUGGGUGCUGCCGGGACCCUCCUGCAGCCCAAAACUGAUCCUCAGGCGGAGUUUAAGGUCAGCGGGCGCCACCAGCGAUGCGCUUUUCAUCCCCCCCCGUCCUCCUCCCCUUAUUUUGGUUGAUUUGGGCUAGAGGUCUCGCCUUUAAUUAAACCUCCUGGUUUAAUUAA